GGUGGAUAAUAAUUUACAAUCCACGUUGCGAGACUUUCAAGUUUGGUAUGAUUUCCCAAGCCACGUAUUGGUAUAGCCCUGAUCCUUGGGUUAUGUAAAACGCCGCUGAAAGCUCCCCUGCCCGGGAGUACUAGUGUUACUUUUUGAGCCGUGAAAUUUGAUACUCCGACCUCGUGCAGGGGUCACAGACUUCCCUACGUACCAGGGGUAGGGACUGUGCAGGGAGAACUUCCGGGUUAGCCCCGAGCCUUGGUGCGGUGCCGUCCCGAAGUUUCCCACAGAUGUGAGGCGGGUGUUGGGGUCCAUGUUGUUCUCCAGGAUGACCCACGAAACGACUGUGUACCCAGAGGAGCAGGAAAGUUUUCUUGGCCCACCCUCCACCACUCCGGCGAAACUUGCCACGAGGAAGGCCCUCCUUGUCACGUUGGGUGUGAUUGUGUUGAUCGCUGCUAUCACUGCUGCCAUUACUGUACCCCUACUACUGCUGUAUGGAGGCACACCAGACAACAGACCAGGUUACACCUUUGAGGAUAUGUUUAACCAGAAAUUCAGCUACAAGGGCUUCUCAGCCAGGUGGAUCAGUGGUGAAGACUACAUAUAUCGUGACGAAGAUGGCGCUGUGCUCACCAAAAACGUUAGGACAAAUGCGACAACAAUUCUAAUGGACAACAGCACUUUUACAGAAUACGAUGCCUUUGACUACAGAGUGUCCCCAGACUUGCAGUACAUUCUCCUGUCCUACAACUACAAGAAAGUGUUCCGACAUUCCUUCACUGCCAACUGUGUCAUCUAUGAUGUUCAGGGAAGUGUGGUGACUGCGUGGAUUCCUUACGAUGACGUGCAGUUUGCUGGGUGGGCGCCAGUUGGACACAAACUGGUGUUUGUGUACAAGAACAACAUAUACCUUAAGGCUGAUUUCUCUGGAAACGACUCACAACCCAUCACUACAGACGGGGUGGAAGGACUCAUCUGGAAUGGUGUUCCUGACUGGGUGUAUGAAGAGGAGGUGUUCUCUGUAGAUAACACCAUCUGGUGGUCGAAGGACGGGAACCGUCUGGCCUUCGCCAAGUUUAAUGACUCACAGGUCCCAGUCAUGAGCUUCUCUCACUACGGAGAGACACAGUACCCAGGGAUUGUGGACAUUCACUAUCCUAAGGCCGGUAGACCCAAUCCGACAGCUUCACUUCACGUGGUUGACAUGACUGAUCCUGCCUACCCCAUACAGGAGGUACCAGCUCCUCCGGGAUUGAGUGAACUGUACCUGUACGUGGUGUCGUGGGCCAGUAACAGUCAGCUGUAUGUCAGCUGGGUACCACGUCCACAGAACACGUCCAUAGUAGACAUCUGUGACGUCACACAGGCUACUGUUUCAUGCAGAAUGAUUGACUAUGAAGAAAGCACAACUGGAUGGAUUGGCACAUUUGGUCCAUCCUGGCCACUGUUUAUUGAAGGUGGCUCCAAGUACCUUAUUAUACAACCACAUGAUGAGGGGAGUGCAGGGAAGUUCAGACAUCUAUGUCUCAGAACUAUCACACAGAGUGGUGAAGCGUCACGACAGUGGCUGACAACAGGACAGUUUGAAGUCACCAGUAUCCUCAGCUAUGAUGAAGCUAACAGGAUUGUAUAUUUUAUCAGCAACGAGGAAAUUCCAAGACAGAGACAUGUGUACAGCGUAACCGUUGGUAACCAAGACAGUAAGAAGUGCCUUAGCUGUGACCUGUGGGAUGACUGUGGCUACUACAAUGCCUACUUCAGCAAAAAUGCCUCCUGGUACAUACUCAACUGUCGAGGUCCUGGUGUCCCAAUAUACACCCUAAACAAGGCACAAACUGACAAUUACGUUCUUCUUGAAUACAAUGAGGAACUUCGAACCACCAUAGACGAGACACGUAUGCCCAUAAAAAGAUACCAGCAGUUCAGAGUUUCAGGCUACGAUCUUUGGGCAGAAAUGUUUCUACCACCAGACUUUGAUGAGGGGAAGAAGUAUCCAGUGCUUUUUGAUGUGUAUGCUGGUCCAUACAGUCAGAAGGUGAAUGAACAGUUCCGGCUGUACUGGACAGCAUACCUGGCCAGCAGUCUGGGGAUCAUCGUGGCCAGUUUUGACGGCAGAGGUUCUGGAUACCAGGGGGAGAGAAUUCUGCAUGAGAUCUACAGACGAAUGGGAACAGUCGAAGUGGAGGAUCAAAUCGAAGCUGGAAGGCAGUUUCAAAACCUUGGAUAUGUUGACAAAGACAGGAUGGCGAUUUGGGGAUGGUCCUAUGGUGGUUUUGUAACAUCACACGUGAUUGGACGUGGAUCAGAUGUCUUCAAGUGUGGCAUCGCAGUUGCUCCUGUAACAGACUAUCUCUACUACGAUUCUGUGUACACAGAGAGAUACAUGCAGCACCCUCAAGAUAAUGAAAAGGGCUACAAUGACACAAUCGUAAUGCAUCAGGUGGAAAACUUCAAAAAGGCAAAAUUUCUACUGGUUCAUGGGACAGGCGACGACAAUGUACAUUUCCAGCACACAGCGGACCUGGUCGAUGCGUUAGCCAAAGCAGAAGUAGAGUUCGACUUACAGUUUUACACAGACCAGGACCAUGCUAUACGGAGCACAAGGAAACAUCUGUACAACAAGAUGACCAACUUCCUCAAGGAAUGUUUUGACAUGUAGAGCUGCUACCCAACAGGAUCAUCAGUGUAAAAAGCCCAUUUGUAAAGAAAGCUGGUGCAGAAUUUCUGAGUUAUAGGGUGUUUUUUUCUCAUGGCUGUGACGUACAUGUAAGUACAUUGUAUUGUCUUCCACGUUGGUUGGUUCAAUCUGGUCAUUUCCAGGUAGUGAUUCAGAAGUAAAUUUUCAGGAGAAUUUUUCCAUGUCGUUACAGUUGUGUGUAAUUAUGUGCAAAUUCAUAGCUCUGACUCUGCCGGGUUAACUACAUUGUACAUGUAGCAUGGCAGCUGUGACGUCACAUGCAAACAUUACAAUUUUCUGUAGUUUCUACGUAUGUCUUGUAUUUUGGUUCAGUUGUGACAAUCUUCAUUCACCAAGUUUGUUCAUGAUUGUGUUUA